UACUUUAUAGCACUUAUUUUUAUCAUAUAACUAACAAGCUCAAUUAUUUUUAAAUAAGGAAAAAAAAAUCAGGAACCAAACGUUAUUUUUAAACAACCCUCAAAUUUGACAGCUCAGGUUUGUUUACACUUGGUUUACACCACGGAAGUAUAACUAAGUUUACACUUUUUUCAACUGCCAAGAGUACAAGCUAUAGAUUGCGGCAGUGGACGCGCGUCCGCGGACGCGUCCUAUAAUUUGUUCCUAGCUUAAAAGCAGAGUGUACAACAAGGGCAUAAAUGUCAAUUUUUACCUCGUCUACUAUUUUGGUAUUCGCUUCGCUAAGACCAAACAAUUUCCUCGGGUAAAAUGGUUCGCUUUAUGCCCUGAAUUUAGCCGUUAGUGUGUGUUUUAUCAGCAAAAUAACAAGUGACUUGCAGGAAAUGGUAGAAAUAAUGCCCUGCCGAACCAUCCCGUGUGUGUGGUCUAUCACAUCCUUGGCUGUUUUCUUUAGUAUCGUAAUAACCAUUAACUAUAAUUGGAUAUACUUUGGUGAACGUUUAACUCUAGUAGUAGAUUAAUGAGUAAGUAACUGAAACGUUCAACUGUAAAGUGUGGCUAUAUUACGUUAACAUUUUUCGCUUCACAUAUUAAAAAAAUAUGAAGCAAUUGAGUGGAUAUGGUGCCCUACUUCAAUAACCUGCUUUUCUUAAGCCUGCUUGUGCUUGGCUGUGCGUCGUUUCUGUGUAUAAUGUUGUACGGAGACCCAAGGAAUUAUAUUAAAAAAUAUGGAAGAAUAUAUCAGCACCGCAAAUAUAAUCAAGACAUUCAACAACCCAAGAUAGUACACAGCGCAAACGCUACUUCUAAAAUAUUUUACUCUGACGAUGAAAUUCGAAAAAUGGAGAAAUCUGAGGCUGUGAAAAAAUGCCCCGCUCACCCUUUUCUAGGGUCGAAUUCAAGUCAUAUUUGGAUUGAAAAAGAUAAUUUACCCUAUUACAAUUUAAGUACCUCCACACCUGUUGUUUGCUGUUAUAAGUCCUUCUACCGUCCUAAGAGGAUAGACGAUAUCACGGCUUUCAGACUUGACAAUCGAGUGAAGUAUAACCCCUGUCGUGACUUUUCAAACUAUAUUGCAGUUGAAGAUGAGUUUGUGAGAGUUAAUUGUAGUUGCGAGAAGAAAAUAUCCGACUACUUUUUUUUAUUUGCUCGUUACAAACCAAUCUCAGUCAAACCAAGGACAGAUUUACCGUAUAACAUAUUGGUUCUAGGAAUAGAUUCGGUGUCUAGAUUAAAUCUCCACAGGACCAUGCCUAAAACUGUAAAACUGUUGAGGAAAUUGGGUGCUGUCGAAAUGUUACGAUAUAAUAAAGUAGGCGAAAACACUUUUCCCAACGUGGUACCACUUUUGGUUGGUAAACACGUGUCAGAGCUACCGGAAACAUGUUGGUCCAGCAAGAAAGUGACGUUUGACAACUGUCCGUUUAUAUGGUACCGGUUCCAGCAGGAGGGCUUCACCACCGCUUACAUUGAGGACUACACAAAGAUCGGGACAUUUAACUACAUGAGGCGCGGCUUCGCGGGAUUCCCCACCGACUACUACUUGCGCACUUUCUUGUUCGAAGCCGAGACAUACGCCAGGGGUAAAAAAAAUAAACCAAGUCCCUGCAUAAAUGAAAAAUAUACGUUUAAGAUUGUUCUGGACUACGUCGAAGCCCUUACUUCUUUGUCUAAAAUAAAUCGACUAUUCGGAUUUUUUUGGGAAAACACAAUGACCCAUGACUUUUUGAAUUAUCCUUCAGUAAUGGACAAUGAUUAUACCGCGUUUUUUGAAAAACUGCACAGGUCUGGUUAUUUAAAUAAUAGUAUUGUUUUCUUAUUGAGCGACCAUGGUAUGAGAUGGGGACAAUUUCGGAAAACUAAGCAGGGAUUCUUGGAGGCGAGGUUACCUUUCGUAUUUGCAUUAAUGCCUCCGUCGUUUCGCAAAAAAUUUAGCGAGGCGUACAAAAAUCUAGUACAAAACGUUCAUCGUCUAACUACACCGUUCGACAUGCACGCAACUUUGAUCGACUUGGUUAAUUUGUAUAUUAUUGAAAAUUCUAAGAUAUCAUCCCGAACGUAUGACUCUAAUCAAAGAAGCAUCAGUUUAUUUUUACCAAUUCCGGAGAACCGAACAUGCGAAUCAGCAGCCAUUGAUGGCCACUGGUGCGUCGAUCACGGAAAUACUAAAGUAGAUUCAAAUAGUACUGUAGCGAGGGAGGCAGUAGAAUACGCAAUGUCGCAUUUGAAUGACCUUCUGAAGGAAUACUCACAGUGUGCCGGGCUCACUCUUGACAAGGUGUUGAUUGCGACUCGAUUGUUAUAUGAUAACACCAAAGGCAAUAUAAAGAAAUCAGUUGAGCUGACGGUUACGUUUAGGACGAAUCCCGGAGGAGGUGAGUUUGAAGCUACACUAGGGAGACAAGGAGGUCCUGGCAGUCACUGGUUUCUGCUAGGCUCCGUAAGCCGAAUUAACCUCUAUGGAAACCAAAGCUACUGCAUUAAAGAUCACGGAGACGUCCAGUUAUUGCUUUACUGUUAUUGUAUUAUUUCAAGGCGAUGAAACCUUUGAUUGACAGAGUGUUAGUGAUAAUAAAAAACGUGACACCUGUGAUGAAGCUGAGUGUGUUAUUUUUAUGUGAUGCUCUCCAGCAACCCCACUUUGCGUUUUGGUUUUUUUUUAUUAUUUUUAUGUCAGAAUUGAUGUACUAAUUACAAGGUACCUAGAUACGUUUGGGUGUGUUACUAUAAUUUGAUAUUAAUUUAUGACCUGUGGCUUUGUUUUAGGAUUACUGUAACAAAAAGAACGUAGUAUAUUUUAAUCGUUUAUUAUACUUCUAUUUCCACAGUUAUCUCUAUGGUAACUAACUAUAUUAUCACUAUAUACCUAAGUUUGACUAUGGACUCGAGGUCCCAUUGAACCGAAGAUUAUUCCAAAUAUCACAACUCUAUUUUCAAAUGUACAAUAUUUUAACGAACAUUAAAAUUGGUAGAUGUACAUUUAUAUCAUAUGUAUUGUAUAUGUUUAUGUAUAUCAUAAUUAUGUACAUAUUCAUUUCUCUAAGAUCAAAACGACAAAUAUUUCUGCUAAAUAUAUGGUGUCACUUUCUCGCACUAGAAGUAGUACUUUGAAUUUUCCUAUGUCGAAAAUUCAAAAAGCCAUAAUAUCCUACAGAAAAAUUUCGUACAAUACACGAAAAUGAAGAAAAUGCUUUAUAUGUCAGAUUGGGCCUUAUACAUACCGGACUAAGGCGGGUCAAAGGUUAAUAAGGCUAAGUAUAUAUUGAUUGAAAUGCAAGUUAGUGAUAUUUAAGACAAUCUUGAAGCUCAAAAGAUAAUGUGGCAGUGAUCGUUUGAAUUACUUUCAUCCAAAAACUACAUUAAUAAAUAACCAAACACUAAUUCUACGUCGUAAUUUUACUACUGACCGAACUAAUCCUUUAAACAUCUACACUUAGAACUUGUCUGUAAUUUUUACAGUACCUUAGUUACAAAUGGUAACUUCAACAAUUGGUAACUUUAAAAAAAUAUGAACAAAUACCAAGUGAGAAAAACUAGUUAUUAAAUUUAUUAUCGUAUACUUGGUUGUAAAAAAGCGGUCUAGUAAUUAUCAGUAAUCGGAACUAUGGGAGCGAAACUUUAACAAAACUUGCUAAGUGGACAUUUUAGAGUACGUGCCAUGACAAUAUUAAUAUCCUUGUAGUAAUGUAUUAGAAAUCUUGGAUUCAGGUAUAUGUAGAAUCAAAUUUAACACUGACCUGAAAAUAAAAAUAUUGGUUUUAUUUAAAGUUUAUGUCAGCUCUAAGGUUUU